AUGAGAAAAGUAUUUUACUCUUUGAUGGUUAGUAUAUAUAUAUGGCUGUGUGUGUACUCCCCUGUGUAUGCGCUAUAUUUUAAAGAAAUAGAAUUAGGGAAUUAUUACAUCUGUAACUUAAAUGAUUAUCCGAGAGAGUACUGUGUGGUGGACUACGACCCAAACAGAAUAAUCAAGUUAUUGUGCCCGAUUGUACAUAAUGAAGGAGAACACACGAAGAUGUACAAUUCGAGUUACUGCUUCAGAUAUAAGGGGAUAAAGGAUCGUCUUAUAAUUAGUAAUAAUGAAGAGCCCAUAUAUAAAACCCUUCCCGGGAUUAUACUAGAAAACCAGUUUGUAUACGACAGGUAUAAUUUGGGCAUCUAUAUGAUGCCUCUUAAAUUGGAGGAAGACAUGAGUAUUGUUUGUGUCUGCGACACAAAGAAUGAAUACAAAGGAAUAACCCCUUAUAUAAAAAUAAAAAUAAAAAAGUCGAACAAUGUUGUUGGUGCAGGUUCGGCUAAUGAACAUAUAAAGGGAUGCGACUUUGGUAAUAAUCAAGGGGAACAUCAAUUCUUAACCAUUCCGCAAUCACAUGAAGAGAACGCCGUAUGUGAUAUUCAAGCCAAUCCGGGAGACAUAGUUGGGAUAAAUUGUAUAAAUUACAAUGAGCAGGACCUUGAAAAUAAAGACGUCAGGUUGGAACCUUCCAACUGCUUUAGCACGGUGUCGUUUUCUUUGUAUACUUUCAAUUUUGUAAAGAUGAAUAUAAAUAAUAUUUUUCCUAAUGCGAAGUACUACCCCGAGUCUUCCGCUUUCCCCAAGGAUCCGAAUUUAAAAAAAUUUUCGACCACGUCUUACUUGUGGAUCCCUGCUCAUGUGCCUCAGGAAUUUUUUUUCUUCUGCUCUUGUCAGUAUGCGAAGGGCGAGGCCAUUGCGACAUAUCACGUGAGCAGCAGCGCCCUAGCAGUGUGA